AUUGGCAGAAUGGACUGAGCUGGACAGAGGGCACUCUCUGGGUAUCAGGAGACCACAGGAGUCAGAAAAAAAGGCUGGAAUCUUGUCGUUUGGGGAUGCAAGUGCCCCCCCCCAGCUGUUGACAACAUGCCUCUGCCAGAAAACAAGGCGCUCCAAUGGCCUCUCCGUCUCCGUGUGUGUGCCAUAGAAUGAGCGAAGGAUACAGUUCGGCAGCAGUUUAUCCAAAGCACUAAUAGUGUUGAUAAAAGGAAAAAAAUCUGUUUCCACUUGAUCCUCCCAUAUUGCCUUGGACCACCCUGACCCAAUUGACAUGAGAGGGUUUCUUGCCUGAAGAGUACUCUUUGCCCGUGACAACAGCUGCACCAUGGGCCUUGAGAAUGAUUUGCCCAACACCACAGCCUUCUGGUUCCCCUCGCCGUCUCAGUUUGACAGCUUCCCCCCAGAGACUCCUGCCGCCAACACCUCCAUCAACAUCACAAGCCACCACUAUGACUUGACUAGCAAUGCCAUCCUCACCUUCAUGUACUUUGUGGUGUGCAUUGUGGGCCUCUGCGGGAACACUCUGGUCAUCUAUGUCAUCCUCCGUUACGCCAAAAUGAAGACGAUCACCAACAUCUACAUACUCAACUUGGCUAUAGCGGAUGAACUGUUCAUGUUGGGGUUGCCUUUCCUGGCUAUGCAGGUGGCUCUGGUUCACUGGCCCUUCGGGAAAGCCAUCUGCCGGGUCGUCAUGACAGUAGACGGGAUCAAUCAGUUCACCAGCAUCUUCUGCCUCACAGUCAUGAGCAUUGAUAGGUACCUUGCUGUGGUCCAUCCUAUAAAAUCUGCCAAGUGGAGGAGACCAAGAACAGCAAAGAUGGUCAAUGUAGCUGUCUGGGGUAUCUCCCUUCUGGUCAUACUACCCAUCAUGAUAUAUGCUGGAGUGAGCAAUAACCACGGGAAUAGUAGCUGUACCAUGAUCUGGCCAGAUGACUCGCUUGCUUGGUAUGUUGGCUUCAUCAUCUAUACCUUCAUCUUGGGCUUCUUGGUGCCCCUCACCAUCAUCUGCCUUUGCUACCUGUUUAUCAUCAUCAAGGUCAAGUCCUCUGGCAUCAGGGUGGGCUCCUCCAAGAGGAAAAAGUCAGAGAAGAAGGUCACCAGGAUGGUCUCCAUUGUCGUUGCCGUCUUCAUCUUUUGCUGGCUUCCCUUCUAUAUCUUCAACGUCUCGUCGGUCUCUGUUUUGAUCGAGCCAACCCCUGUCCUCAAGGGCAUGUUUGAUUUUGUAGUGGUCCUCACCUACGCCAACAGCUGCGCCAACCCCAUCCUUUAUGCCUUCUUGUCCGACAACUUCAAGAAGAGCUUCCAAAAUGUCCUCUGCCUUAUGAAAGUCAGUGGCAUGGAUGAAGCCGACAGGAGUGACAGCAAGCAGGACAAGUCUAGGCUAAACGAGGCCACAGAAACCCAGAGGACAUUGCUCAAUGGAGACCUUCAGACAAGCAUCUGAAAGAUCUCCGCCCACUCAUCUCCUUCCUGCUUCUUCACAGAAGCCCACAGCGAGUCAGCAUAAUGGCCUUUGGUCCUUCUUUCAAGGGAAUGGUAAUGCAUGCGAAGGAUUGGUUCAGGGGACAGACUUGCUUCUCGGCCAACAGCAGGCUGGUUUUAAGGAUAUUAAUCGAAAGGAGAAGUAUAUUAUGGGAGUGAUCGACUAGAAAUACUCAUAAAUGUGUACACACUUGUACAUGCAUGUUUGAAUACAAGGGAUGAUGCAAUAUUGGUAGUAUCCCUGUGCUAAAUCCAUUUGAGUUAAUUUGAACUUUUUUAUAUAUAUUAAAAAAACACACCAAUGCUUCACAGGUCAGAUUUUCCACACAAGGUCUAAAAAUUCAAAAGCUCCAUCUCCAAUAUUUGAGUUAAAUUAUUAAAAGAAGAACUUGGCUGACACACAGAGACGCCGGAAUAAGGACGAAGGUGAUAAGUAUUCCACAAGUUCACGUACUGAAUUAUAUAUAUGUUUUUUAUCAAGCUAUCCUCUUUGCAGUCACCACCACCCCUUCUAAAUGAUAGGUGCUUUGAAAGUUUGGCUCGAUGUGCUUUUCAAGUAGGCAAAACGUUAAGCUCAUAUGUUUUAUAUAAAAUCAAAAAAUGUCAUGAGAU